UGAUAAUAUUGUCCAAAUAGAAUCAGUGUUUGUUGGCAUUUAUUUUUUUCUAAAUUUUAUUAAUUUUUUAAAAAAAUAUUUUUUAAUCGCAUAAUAAUUCAUCCCAAUUAAUAAUGUCGAAUCGUUUGCUUUGUUGAUUCAAAAAAAAAAUACUUCUCAAAAAUCCUGUAAACAUUUUAUUUGAAUUUUUCUAAAAAAAAUAAUAUUUGUACACGUCAACUUUGGAAAAAUGUUUUCUUCGAAUGAGAAUUUUACCAAUGCACAUCGAAUUGUCGAUGAGAUACAAGAUUCAUUAUUUCGACGAUUAGAAUCUUGUCAUGAUUCCAUACAAGCACAAGCAAUUGAAGGUGCUAUUGAUGAACGUAUUAAAUCAUUGGAACAAUAUCUGGAUAGAAUUGAAAUUUCGGUAAAUAAAACAUCUGGUUCGCAAAGAAAUACAAUGAAAUUAAAAUUGGAUCAAUUAAGAUAUGAUCAUAAACAUCUUUUAAGUUCAUUUCGUACAUUACAUCAACGAAGAUUACAUCGUGAACGUGAACACCGUGAACGUGAAGAAUUAUUAACAAGACGUUUUACAACGAAUGCUGAAACUCAUGCUAAAAAUGAUACACAAAUCGAUCUUGGUGUUCAAGAAUAUUUUGAUCAAGAACGUACCAAAUUAGGUGGUUUUAAUCGUCAUGUUGAUGAAAUGUUAUCUACCGGUUCGAAUGUAUUGUCAACACUUCGUCAACAACGAUCAAUGUUGAAAAAUACGAGAAAAAAUCUUCUCGAAGCAUUGAACAGUAUCGGCCUAUCAAAUUCCGUGAUGCGUUUAAUUGAAAAACGACAUAUUGGUGAUAAAUUUGUCCUGUUCGGUGGCAUGACAUUAAUGACCAUAUCAAUGUUUCUCAUAUGGUUUUAUUUAACUUGAAUUCCAUGUUUUUCUUUUUAAAUUUUAAGUUUAUUUGUACAAAUCUUCAAUAAUUAGAAAAUAAU